CCGGAGGGCGAGGGAAGGUGAUGAGCCUGGGGAGCCUGGGACGCCUGGUCUGGGAGGGAGGGAGGCUGAGCCCCUGAGGUUCGCGAGGCCGCGCGGCCGCGCCGGGCCUGCUUGGCCGGGUGUCCACGCGGGUCGGAGAGUCCCGUCAUGUUCACACACGCGGUAACGCGCGCCUUGCGCAAGAACAAGACCCUUCGCUACGGGGUGCCCAUGUUGUUGUUGGUUGUUGGAGGUUCUUUUGGUCUUCGUGAGUUUUCACAAAUCCGUUAUGAUGCUGUGAAGAUUAAAAUUGAUCCUGAAUUAGAAAAAAAACUGAAAAUGAAUCAAGUGUCACUGGAAUCAGAGUAUGAGGUGCCUCACGUGCUGCUACUAAUGGCUCACACAUGCAACAAUUUCUGGAGGCUUGCCCUUAGUGGAGCAACAUUACCAGGAGGUAUCUGGAAGUUAUGCACCACUCAUCCCUGUAACAGUCAGUAAACAGUGACUGCCUUAUGCCUGAUAUGGAGCUACAAAAGCCUCACUUCCUUGUCUCAAUGUGCAAAGACUGUGGUGUGGUAUAUGCAUGAGAGCUCCUGGAGAUUUCAGGCUGAGGCUACACCAAGCAUGUCAGACUUGCAGCCUGUGGGCCGCAUGCAGCCCACAAUGAAUAUUUUUGCGGCCUAGCCAAUAUCACG